AUGAAUAUAAAUCAGUUCAGGGAAUGUCUAGAUUUGCUGAGUUACAGUGGAUUCACAUUAACUGAAAUGGAAUCUGCACGCAUUGAGAAUUCUUUAAUUAUCCUUCAAAAUGAAUAUAAACUUUGCGAUAUUUUCUUCUUGGCUCGAAUUGAAACAACUGGUGUUGGCUACUAUUACAUCGCUUUCGGAUACAUCAAAGAUAUUCUGAAGGAUCAACAAUUCUUUUAUAGCACGAAUGGAUAUGAGUGGUUCGUUCUACCACGAGUGAAACCAAAACGAAUUGAAAUUGCCAAGAAAAUCAAAAGUUAUUUCCAAGGCGAUCCAGCUCAUGUUGAUUUUGCUUGCUUAGAUCCUAGAGAAUUUGUAAUUGAAGAUGAUGGAUCUGUCAUCCCAUGUCAUCGCUCGUUAAAGAAAAUCAAAGAAGAAGACCGUUUGUCAUGCUUCGUUGCAAGAUUAAUUCACGAUUCUGCUGUUUUACCUCGCGGAGUUCUUUACCGACAGGUCACUCAGUGCAUUACAUUCAAUCCUUGUUUUCGUGGUUUGAGUCGCCUUGAAGCUGAAAAUUUAAAGAAUUUUCAACAUUUCCGCACACCUAUUAACGGAUGCAAUCAAAAUUUGCUGAAGAGAGAAGAUUACAAUUAUCAAACAGAUUUCUUUGAUACUAUCGAUGAUGACAAUUCUUUUUCUGCGAAGAUUAAUGACCGCAAUAUUGGCUUAAUUCGGUCAUUGAAAUAUCCUGGAAUGAUCUCAUUUCAUAAAUUGAAUUCUAUGUAUCAAGGAUUCGUUUAUUUAGGGAAUGGACAAGAGAAUUUAGACUGGCAAUUUAUGAUUCCUAUUUAA